UCCUUCACAGCAACACGCUGUAGUCGCUUCUCUAUUCACUUAUACGAUUCUUAAUAAUUUUCCAAUCGGGAGAAAGAUGCUCAUCAGACGUAUAUUCACCUCCGGGAGGUGUCUCACCCGAUCACUGCGACAAUCAUCCAUAAACUUCCACACUUCUUCACGAAGGGGCAAUACGAACGCGUCGAUCAAAGCAGUUACUGCACAGGACCUUGAUUCUAUUCUCGCGAAGCCAACGUGGUCAGUCGAAUCACUUCAGCCUAGCAGAACCCAAGCAUCGGAUGCGCCAAGGAUAUCUUCGAAGCAACUACACCACUUGCUCCGUCUGUCAGCGCUUCCGCUUCCAAAGACACCUGAAGACGAGGCAAAAAUGCUCGAUACACUUUCGGCUCAACUACACUUUGUUGGGGAAAUUCAACAGGUGGACACAAAAGAUGUGAAACCUUUGCGGGCUAUAAGGGAUGAGACGGAAGCUGCGGAAAGAGAGCAGACUAUUACGUUGGAAACCCUGAAGGAUGCAUUCGCGAAAGAGCAGGUAGUUGGGAAACACCACAAGCGUAUACAGAGGGAUACAACGCCGAUAGAUGCCAAGGAUGUGGAAGAUUGGGACGUUCUUGGUGCUGCCGAGCGAAAGGUCGGGACGUAUUUUGUGGUAGAAAGCGAACGGCCUCAAGAGUAA